UUUAUUAAGCGAAAAUGACUAUUUUCUACAAAUCAUAAAGAUAUUGGUACAUUAUAUUUUAUUUUUGGAAUUUGAGCAGGAAUAGUGGGAACCUCACUUAGUUUAUUAAUUCGAACUGAAUUAGGAAAUCCAGGAUCUUUAAUUGGAGACGAUCAAAUUUACAAUACAAUCGUUACAGCCCAUGCUUUUAUUAUAAUUUUUUUUAUAGUUAUACCAAUUAUAAUUGGGGGAUUUGGUAAUUGAUUAAUUCCCCUAAUAUUAGGAGCUCCUGAUAUAGCUUUUCCACGUAUAAAUAAUAUAAGAUUUUGACUUUUACCCCCAUCACUAAUAUUAUUAAUCUCUAGUAGAAUCGUUGAAAAUGGAGCAGGAACAGGAUGAACAGUUUAUCCCCCACUUUCAUCUAAUAUUGCCCAUAGAGGAUCAUCAGUAGAUUUAGCAAUUUUUUCUUUGCAUUUAGCUGGUAUUUCCUCAAUCCUAGGGGCAAUUAAUUUUAUUACAACUAUUAUUAAUAUACGAGUUAAUAAUAUAUCCUUUGAUCAAAUACCAUUAUUUAUUUGAGCUGUAGGUAUUACAGCUUUACUUCUUUUACUUUCCCUUCCUGUAUUAGCCGGAGCUAUUACCAUACUUCUAACAGAUCGAAAUAUUAAUACAUCAUUUUUUGAUCCAGCAGGAGGAGGAGAUCCAAUUCUUUAUCAACAUUUAUUUUGAUUUUUUGGUCAUCCAGAAGUUUACAUUCUAAUUCUUCCAGGUUUUGGUAUAAUUUCCCAUAUUAUUUCACAAGAAAGAGGAAAAAAAGAAACAUUUGGAUGUUUGGGAAUAAUUUAUGCUAUAAUAGCAAUUGGAUUAUUGGGAUUUAUUGUAUGAGCCCAUCAUAUAUUCACAGUAGGUAUAGAUAUUGAUACACGAGCUUAUUUUACUUCAGCAACAAUAAUUAUUGCCGUUCCUACAGGAAUUAAAAUUUUUAGAUGAUUAGCAACAUUGCACGGAACUCAAAUUAAUUAUAGACCUUCAAUACUAUGAAGAUUAGGAUUUAUUUUCCUAUUUACAGUAGGGGGAUUAACAGGAGUCAUUUUAGCUAAUUCAUCUAUCGAUAUUACCCUACAUGAUACUUAUUAUGUUGUUGCCCACUUUCAUUAUGUAUUAUCUAUAGGAGCUGUAUUUGCUAUUUUAGGGGGAUUUAUUCAUUGAUAUCCAUUAUUUACAGGAUUAAUAAUAAACAAUUAUUUAUUAAAAAUUCAAUUUAUUUCAAUAUUUAUUGGAGUUAAUUUAACAUUUUUCCCUCAACAUUUUUUAGGAUUAGCUGGAAUACCUCGACGAUACUCUGAUUAUCCUGAUAGAUUUAUAUCAUGAAAUAUUAUUUCAUCCUUUGGAUCUUAUAUUUCUUUAUUGUCUAUAAUAAUAAUUAUUAUUAUUAUUUGAGAAUCUAUAAUUAAUCAACGAAUUAUUUUAUUCUCUUUAAAUAUACCCUCUUCUAUUGAAUGAUACCAAAAUUUACCCCCCUCUGAACAUUCUUAUAAUGAAUUACCUAUUUUAAGUAACUUCUAAUAUGACAGAUUAUAUGUAAUGGAUUUAAACCCCAUUUAUAAAGGAUUAUCCUUUUUUUAGAAAUGGCAACAUGAUCUAACCUUAAUUAUCAAAAUAGAGCUUCCCCAUUAAUAGAACAAAUUAUUUUUUUUCAUGAUCACACUCUUGUUAUUCUAAUUAUAAUUACUAUUAUAGUAUCUUAUUUAAUAUUAAAUUUAUUUUUUAACUCAUAUACUAAUCGAUUUUUACUAGAAGGCCAAAUAAUUGAAUUAAUUUGAACUAUUUUACCAGCAAUUACAUUAAUUUUCAUUGCUCUUCCCUCUCUCUUCGAUUAUUAUACCUACUAGAUGAACUUAAUAAUCCAUUAAUUACACUAAAAUCUAUUGGACAUCAAUGAUACUGAAGUUAUGAAUAUUCAGAUUUUAAUAAUAUUGAAUUUGAUUCAUAUAUAAUUAAUUCAAGAGAAAAUAUUAAUAAUUUCCGAUUAUUAGAUGUAGAUAAUCGAAUUAUCUUACCUAUAAAUAAUCAAAUUCGUAUUUUAAUUACCGCUACUGAUGUAAUUCACUCAUGAACAGUACCAUCUUUAGGAAUUAAAGUUGAUGCUAAUCCCGGACGAUUAAAUCAAACUAGAUUCUUUAUUAAUCGUCCAGGUCUUUUUUAUGGACAAUGCUCAGAAAUUUGUGGUGCUAACCAUAGUUUUAUACCUAUUGUAAUUGAAAGAAUUUCAAUUAAAAAUUUCAUUAAUUGAGUUAAUAAUUAUU